GCUACACCUCUCCGCUUCACUCCCAAACACAACGAGAAAUCGGCUAGGCUGCUGCGUUAGCUUGUUAUCUGUGAGCUUUUGUACAACUGUAAGGGGUCUUUUUUUUUGGCAACCACCAUCUGGAAACUAUGGCGGAGAGCGACUGGGACACGGUGACUGUGUUGAGGAAGAAGGGCCCGUCUUCAGCACAGGCCAAAUCCAAACAGGCUAUCAACGCGGCCCAGAGGCGUGGAGAAGAGGUGGAGACCACCAAGAAAUGGACAGCAGGACAGAAUAAACAGCAUGUGGUGACUAAGAACACGGCUAAACUGGACCGUGAGACAGAAGAGCUGCACCAUGAAAGAGUGACACUGGAGGUGGGCAAGGUCAUCCAGCAAGGCCGCCAAGAAAAGGGAAUGACUCAGAAAGACCUGGCUACUAAAAUUAACGAGAAGCCUCAGGUCAUCGCUGACUAUGAAGCUGGAAAAGCAAUCCCCAACAACCAGAUUAUGGGCAAGAUCGAGAGAGUACUUGGGAUGAAGUUGCGUGGGAAAGAUAUUGGGCAGCCCUUGGAGCCCAAAUCAAAGAAGAAAUGAGGACAAAGCCUCGAAAUCAGCCCCCCCUUCCUCCCUCCCUCAUACCCAUGCAUCACACUAAGAAUAGACUUAUGUCUCUCACACACACACACAGGUUUGAGUAUUGCGUGAUGUGACUAAAAUGGCAAACAAAAGUUGCAUUUGCUAUAACGUGGAGGUAGCCAUGAACACAUUUCUGAAGCGGCCCUACUGUAACGAUCGUCUAAUUGUAAUAUUAAACAAAUACACUGCCACCUAGUGUUUUGGAGGACAUGUGUGUGUGUGUGUAUACACACACACCCCUCACCCAACUAAUAGCCUCAAUUUAUAUCAAGCUCUGUCUUUUGCAUUUGGAGAAACUAGAAUGGUGUGAGAGACAUAAAUCAGCUUUAACUGCCUAAAUCUUGAAUCCCUCUGACUAUCCUGUUCUCCUCUUCCCCCUUUCACGGGCUGAUCUCACUGACGUCCUGCUGUUGGACUCGGUGCGUCACUGCAUGCACAGGCUGCAUUAUAAUACAACCACCUUUACAAUAACAAAGGACAGCUAUGUUGCAAGACUUAAUAAAUCCUAAGUGCUGCGAUGAUUUUGAUAAAUGACUGCUUUGGCAUGUAAAUUUUUUUUUUUCUUUAAACAAAAAUGUGAAAUCUCAUUAAAUUGCCAAAUUGAUGCAGAAACACAAA